AUUUUAGUAAAACAAAAAUCUAAACGCCUUUUGCAAGUGUCUAGAGGGGAAGAAAAGUAGACGCUCGACAGUAGGCACCAAUCGGAGCUCUCUUUUCCAAAACCAUACCAAUUGAGCAUCGUCCAUGGCAACUCUUAACAAUUUCACCUCUCACAAACUCCUUACACCCAUUAGACAGUCCCAUCAACCCAACUCCUCUUCUCUUCUCCUUUCCACCGCAAAACCCAAAUCAUCGAAAAAUAAAUACACAAAGAGAUGGGCUAUUGGGUCUGUCACAGAGGACAGGGAAGUGGCUCCAGUGAAGGAUAGCACUUCAAAAUACCAAGGAAAUCCUUUAUUUGUUAAUGGGUCUAAAGAUUUUGAGGCUCUCCCAUCUUCUUCUGUUGAAGAGAAAGGAGGAGGUGAUAAUAACGACAAAGAGAAGUUAAUGACUAGAGCAAUUAAUGCUAGUAUUGUUUUGGGUUUUGGGACUCUUGCUGUUAGUAAGUUGCUCACUAUUGAUCAUGAUUAUUGGCAUGGAUGGACCCUUUAUGAGGUAUUAAGGUAUGUACCUGAACACAAUUGGAUUGCAUAUGAACAAGCUCUCAAGUCAAACCCAGUUUUAACAAAAAUGGCUAUUAGUGGGAUUGUGUACUCUAUAGGAGAUUGGAUUGCACAAUGCUAUGAAGGAAAGCCGAUUUUUGAGUUUGAUCGGACACGCAUGUUUAGAUCAGGUCUUGUUGGGUUUACUCUUCAUGGAUCUCUUUCUCAUUAUUACUACCAAUUCUGCGAGGCUCUUUUUCCUUUUGAAGAUUGGUGGGUGGUCCCUGCCAAGGUUGCCUUUGACCAAACAGUCUGGGCAGCAAUUUGGAACAGCAUCUAUUUUCUGGUGUUGGGUUUCCUGCGUUUUGAGUCUCCAGCCAAUAUAUUUAGUGAGCUGACAGCAACAUUUUGGCCAAUGUUGACUGCAGGAUGGAAGCUUUGGCCAUUUUCUCACUUGAUCACAUAUGGUGUUAUCCCUGUGGAACAAAGACUUCUUUGGGUGGACUGCGUGGAGCUCAUAUGGGUUACCAUACUCUCUACUUACUCAAAUGAGAAAUCAGAAGCUCGGACUUCUGAGGCAACAAUAGAAGCAACCUCCAAAUCUUCAAGCAAUCAUACUGAGGAAAUAGCCAGUUAAGUGGGACAUCACUCUGACGUAUUGUUCCUCCUAAUCCUGUACCUGGAAUAAAUGGAUCGAGGAAGAUCAUAAAUCAGCAGGAAGGAUUUGAUAUUGUUGUCAAUAGAUUCAACCAUGGCCAGCUUUCUGCUUCUUGAAGCUGAACAUAUUUCCCCAGCAAUAGUACGCAUGUAAGCAGGGUAAUCAGAUAAUGCGUGGACUUGUAUCAGAAGAAAUUUGUACCUUAUCUUAAUAGCAGGGUACACUAUUACUGUCAAUAUUACCUCAUUCAUGUAUUAAGUCAUGCUACCAAGGAAGAAUGUAUACGAGACUUGAGUGUUCACUUCUCUAAGAUCCUGUCCUGUGUGAGAUUAUGCAGUUUUCUCAAUAUAAACCAGCUCUCUUCUUGAACAAGUGCAACGAUUGGUAAUAAAUAGAGCAUUCGAUCGUGGAAUCUGCAUUUUUCAUGUAACUGGGCAGUGAGGUCAGGAGUCUCAGGCCAAAAUUAGUUCCUUUUUUUUUUCUAUAGCAAUGGAGUUUUAGUGAUACAAGCAGAGUGCUCUAAUGGUCCACCAAUAACAGUGAUAUAGUUGAUAUUUUUACUUAUGAAAUUUUUUAUUUUUUUAUUUAUCAUCCAAUUAAUAUUAUUGGAAAUUUAUGACUUUUUAAUUGUGUCACCCACCAGAUGUUGAGCUCGAAUAAAAUUUAGAAAAGAAAAAAUAAUAAUAAUAAUACAAGCACAAUAACACAAGACUUUUUUCGUAAGAUCUGAUUAUUAGUCUUUGUCUCAUAACUGCAUUACCAUUAUAAUUUCAUAUAUUAAAAUCUUUCUGCAUGAAUUAGGGCAAAAUUUAUUUUUAAAAGUUAAAAAACUUUAAUUUGUGAAUAAAAAAAUCUGAAAUAAAAUUGAAAAGAAGGGGCGGGCUAAAAUGAAAGCAAGUAAUACUUGGACAGAAAAAGCGCGGGAUACAAUAACAAUAUUGCAAAAACAGACCCUUUUUUUAACGGAAUCAAAGAAAAGAAGAAAGCUUUCAGAUCCCCAAAUUCCAUCUUACAAUCGAACCCUAGAUUCGAUAUCCCUCCCACGAAAAGCUUUUGUUUUUAUGCAGAAAAGGGAAAAAUGGCCAAACUAGAAUCAACAGAUCACGAACCAAAGCAAAACAUUAACAAAAUCAAAAGCCAAAGCAAAAGAAAUCAUGGGUCAACAAAGUUCUUUGUUUUUGUUGAUUACUUAUUUCUCUUUAUCUUUAUUGUAUUCCUUUGCUUCAUUCUUUUCAAGAUUGUUGGCUUUUGAUUUCUUUUCAGGAUGAAACAUCCAGAUCUCUGAUUGGAAGUUCCAACUCAGGAGCCUUCGCAGGUAUUAGCUUUGCUAGGAAAGUGUUUCUAGAAAGUCAACAUUUUUCUUCAGGGUGACAAAAUAUGUGCUUUCUGUAUAAGAGAAAACAUUUCUGUAUUCUUUCUGCUAUCGGAGAUCAACUUUGUGUGUGUAUGUUAUGAUAAAUAGAAACUUGUUUUCAAUUUGUGAAUGAAAUUUGAGAUGUUCCAUUUUA